AUGACCAAUAGCUCAUGGUUUCAAGUAUCUGAGUUCAUCCUGAUGGGAUUCCCAGGCAUUCAUGAGUGGCAGCAUUGGCUCUCUCUGCCCCUGGCUCUGUUCUACCUCUUAGCUCUUGGUGCCAAUCUCCUUGUCUUAAUCAUUAUCCACCAUGAGUCUACCCUGCAGCAGCCGAUGUAUCAGUUCCUUGGUGUCCUGGCUAUAGUGGACAUUGGCCUGGCUACCACCAUCAUGCCCAAGAUUCUAGCCAUCCUUUGGCUUGAUGCCAAGGCCAUCAGCCUCCCUCAGUGUUUUGCUCAGAUCUAUGCCAUCCACUCUUUUAUGUGCAUGGAGUCAGGCAUCUUCCUCUGCAUGGCAGUGGAUAGAUAUGUAGCCAUUUGUUAUCCCCUUCAGUACCCCUCCAUAGUCACUGAAGCUUUUAUAAUCAAAGCCGCACUGUCCAUGGUGCUCCGAAAUGGCCUGUUGACCAUCCCAGUGCCUGUGCUGGCUGCCCAGAGACACUAUUGCUCCAGGAAUGAGAUUGACCACUGCCUGUGCUCUAACUUGGGGGUCACCAGUCUGGCCUGUGAUGACAUCACCAUUAACAGAUUUUACCAGUUGGCCUUCAUCUGGGUUGUGGUUGGGAGUGACAUGGCUCUGGUCUUUGCUUCCUAUGCCUUGAUUUUUCACUCAGUGCUGAAGUUGAACUCUUCUGAAGCAACAUCUAAGGCCCUGAGUACCUGCAGCUCCCACCUCAUCCUCAUUCUCUUUUUCUAUACAGCUAUUAUUGUAGUCUCUGUCACCCAUCUGGUAGGAAGAAGUGUUCCCCUCAUUCCUGUUCUCCUCAAUGUGCUGCAUAUUGUCAUUCCCCCAGCCCUUAACCCCAUGGUAUAUGCCCUUAGGACUCAGGAGCUGAGAGUGAGCUUACAGAGGGUGCUUGGUUUGGGUGAGUAUGUGUCCAGGAAGUGA